AACUUGUAAAACGACCCGGCAUGUCAUCCGAAGUGUUAUUUUCAAAGUCCACAGACUAUUACAUUCGUGUCACUGACAGGCCUCGGUGUUAGCUCUCCUACCCGUGUUGGUGUGGGUUUUAAUUUAACGCAAUUCUAACGUUGUAUUAUUUGACACUGUGUCCUGUCUUAUGUGGUUGUGCCUCGCAUGUGCCUCCAGCUGACAAAUGCUCACCUCGAGACGAUCAAGCAUACUGUGGUCUAUUUACAUUUUAGAUUGUCCUGCUCACUGUUAGCAUUAAUAACGUGGCAAACUGUGGCUUUCUGAAUGCAAAAUCGCCCUCCUGAUAGUACUCGAGGGUGUAUGCAAUUUGGCUUUUUUUUGCAAGGCGUUGUCUCUCAAAUGCAAAGUAAAGGAGGAUUUUUGCAUGGAAUGUUCUACAGCCUGCUGUCUAACUUUGAAUAGAGGACGUAGAGCUUUCAGCCUUUAAGUUAUUCAAACGCAAGAAGCCUAUACAUGUUUUUUUGUCUAGUGGCAAUGCCAACCCCGUGGCUGUGUCAAUGCGGACCUUGGGCAGAGUCUCUCUUUGCGCUAUAAUAAAAUCUCUUAGCCUAUAAAUCAUAUCAUUCCUGUAUGGACUUUUAUAUUGAGUGUUACUCAAUUGACCAAUCAGAAUUAUCCUAAUUAGUAAGCUAUUGAUGUUUUACUUGUUGUGCUAAAUUAUUAAAGUCUAUGACUGACACAUUCUUUAUUAUAAAGGGAAAGGUUUUGCCGGUACAUAUGAGACGUCUUUGCGGUAAAAUAAAGUGCUUCAGGCGCGUCGCUUUCCACUGCGUAAAGAGGUGCCUUUUGGUGCAAGUCAUUUCCGUUUGACAAAACAAAAACAAACAAUAAAGCUCUGUGGUCGCGUGUGUCAAAGUGCCUGGGUCAAGGUAGACCUGUCUUUUAGCUUUGUUGAAGGACAGCUGUAUUUACUGACGUAUGUAAAUGAAUAUAGGGGAGGUCCUAGGGCAAACACACACACACACACACACACACACACACACACACUGAAUCAGUUUCACAUUGCAGCUCCGGAGUUCCUGCGUGGAAGGAAAAACCGAGACGUGGCGAAAUCUGCUCAGCAAACCAUGCAGGAUGAUUUACUGAUGGACAAAAACAAAGCCCAGCCUCACCAUCAGCAAGAUCCGACGCAAGUAGACCCCCCUCCCUCCACCCCGACCCCGUCAUCGGAGCCCACUUCUUCUUCAUCGGAGUCGGAGAGCCCGUCGACCGGGAGCAACCAAGCGGCUUCAGCGCUGAACAGCAGCAGCAAGGACAAAGUGCCGAUGGAGUCGCCGAUCCUGCCCGGGUUGAGCUUCCACCACCAGCCGCAGGAGACCGGCGGCCCCCUUUCCUCGCCGUCCUCCUCCUCUUUCGGGAGCACUUGGUCCACGGGAACCACAAACGCCGUGGACGACAGCUUUUUCCAGGGAAUACCCUCGGUGAACGGGACGAUGCUUUUCCAGAACUUCCCCCACCACGUCAACCCGGUGUUCGGGGGUAAUUUCUCCCCGCAGAUCGGUCUGUCUCCCCAGACCCAACAGCAAGCCCAGCAAGCGCAGCAGCAGCAGCAGCAGCAGCAGCCCCAGCAGAGGAGGUCCCCCGUCAGCCCCAGCCAAGGGCCCUUUCCCCAGAGAAACGCUUAUCAGACCAUCAUGAAUAACAGCAAGGGAUCGUCCUCGUCGUCGUCUUCUUCUUCUUCUUCUUCUGCCUCGUCGUCUGCUUGGAAUAAUCACCAGAACGCCGCGUGGAGCACAGCCUCCAACCCCUGGAGUGGGCUGCAGGCCGGCAGGGACCCACGCAGAGCGGUUGGAGUCGGUGUCGGGGUCGGCGUCGGGGUGCCGUCACCCAUGAACCCCAUAUCCCCGAUGAAAAAGCCCUAUACGAGCAAUGUCAUAGCUCCCCCCAAGUUCCCAAGACCUGGUCCCCUCGGCCCCAAGCCCUGGAUGGAUGACAGCGCCUUCAGGACUGACAACAGCAACAACAUACUGCCUUUCCAGGACCGGAAUCGGCCCUUUGAUGCUUUUAGCUUGCACUCUUUGGAGAAUUCCUUAAUGGAUAUGAUAAGGACUGACCAUGACAAAGGUAAACCACACCCUGCCGGUGGCCCACCAAUGACUAUCGCUGAUAUUAUAUGGAGGAAUCAUUUUGCAGGACGCAUGGGCCUGAACUUUCAUCAUCCCGGAGCGGAGCACAUAAUGCCAUUGAACACCCGGAGCUAUGGCCGCAGAAGAGGUCGUUCCUGUCUCUUCCCCUUUGAAGACGGUUUCCUCGACGACGGUCACGGUGACCCAUCCUUGACCCCGGGCCUGAACUCGCCCACCCGCUGUCAGAACGGAGAGAGGAUGGAGCGCUACUCCAGGAAGGUCUUUGUCGGAGGCCUCCCCCCUGACAUAGACGAAGAUGAAAUCACCAACAGUUUCCGUCGCUAUGGGCACCUGGUGGUCGACUGGCCCCACAAAGCGGAGAGCAAAUCCUACUUCCCACCUAAAGGCUACGCCUUCCUGCUCUUCCAGGAAGAGACUUCUGUCCAGGCCUUGAUCGACGCCUGCAUCGAGGAGGACGGCAAGCUCUACCUGUGUGUGUCCAGUCCCACCAUCAAAGACAAACCGGUCCAGAUCCGUCCCUGGAACCUUAGCGACAGUGACUUUGUCAUGGACGGCUCCCAGCCUCUGGACCCCCGCAAGACCAUCUUUGUAGGGGGGGUGCCGCGGCCCCUGCGCGCAGUGGAGCUGGCUAUGAUCAUGGACCGGCUGUACGGGGGCGUUUGCUACGCCGGCAUCGACACCGACCCCGAGCUCAAGUACCCGAAGGGUGCCGGCCGCGUGGCCUUCUCCAAUCAGCAGAGCUACAUCGCCGCCAUCAGCGCUCGCUUCGUUCAGCUGCAGCACAACGACAUCGACAAAAGGGUGGAGGUGAAGCCGUACGUUCUGGACGACCAGAUGUGCGAUGAGUGCCAGGGGGCGCGCUGCGGGGGGAAGUUCGCCCCCUUCUUCUGUGCCAACGUCACCUGCCUGCAGUACUACUGCGAGUACUGCUGGGCCAGCAUCCACUCGCGGGCCGGCCGAGAGUUUCACAAGCCACUGGUGAAGGAGGGCGGUGACCGCCCGCGACACGUGUCCUUCCGCUGGAGCUGAGGGGGGAGUCCUCCCCGCCCCAGCGAAACCUGCACCCUGACCCAUAGAACCCCCCCCUCCCCUCCCUUCCUACCUACCCUACAGGCCGGGACAGUGCUGGACCCCCCCCCCCCUCCCAUCCACAGCCCCAUCUACUCCAGCCUGCUCCCCCGCAAACACCUCAUGAAAAAAAUAGGAAAAAGGAUACCGUCAAACACGCGGGACUCUCUUCAUACCACAUGGCUCUGAACUUAUCUUCUACCGCUCAAGCAUUGUGUGUGUGGGGGGGGGGGGGAGAAUGCGAAAAGUCUAUCAGCUUAGAAUUUGCACUUUGGCACAAAAUCUCACACACACUCGGGAUGGUAUGUUCGACACCCGGCUACUUUCAGUUCCCCCGUUCUGUUGACUGGGUGGUGUGGUACGUCCUGUUGGACCCCCUCCUUCCUGAGACAGAGGUGGGACCAUACCAAUAUUUAAAAAAGUAUAUAUAUUUUUUUGUUUUGUACCUAUCUAUACAAACAUAGAUAAUUAGAAUUUUAUGUAAAAGGAGCAUGCACUUAUUUUCAAAAGCUGUAGUUAUAUUGCCCCAACUAGAAAAACAAAUUUACCAAAGGCAAAUGAAAUGAAUGCUUACGGAAAAGCUAAACAGGUGGCGCGAGAUGUAGCAGGACUCACCAGCUACCCAGUAGUGUGGGCCCGUAUCGCCCGGAGUGACAAUACCACGGCUGUAUUCGCUCUCAAUUCUGAAUAUUAAUACCUCAUACGCGCAAUCAGAUUAGUUUGCUUUUGGUUUCUAGGUCUUUUAUUUUUAUAAUAACAUUAUUUUCUAGUGUUAUGUAAACGUAAUGCUGCAAUAGCUUUGCUGCUAAACCCGUGGUAGGAACAGAUACCACAAGUACUUUAUUCAGGCUAGGGUGUAAAAUAACAGAUAGCAGAUCAAGAGGAGCACCUGGUGUUGUAGAAUGACGAGCCCUCGCGGGGCGGGAGGGAGUUGGGCGUUCCCCUCCCGGGACAACGAUGGCUACCUUUGUGGAGGUCGGGGUGGGUUCAACCCCCCCCCCCCCCCCAACUGCAUGUUUAUUUCAAUCAGGUUGCUGCAUGCAAUAGACUUUUCAGUAUCACGUCUACUAUUGGAUUCUGCCCAUGUUUGCACAACACGCUGCGGACGUAGAGUACGUUCGAAACUCGCACGAAACUGGACGGCAACAGGGAGGGCUGGAAUCAUGGCGGCUCCAAUACAGAGCGGGGGGAAAAAACAAACAACCUUAAUAAUAUCACGAAUCAAAUUAAAUGUAGGAUUACCAUUUACAACUGUCUAUGAUAGGUGAAGUACUUUUUUUUGCAGUGAUUGUUGAUAUAAUUGUGCAAUUUUUUAUACCGUACGUAGUUAGGUCUGAGUAUGCCUAGAACUGUGAUUCGCUUUAACUGUCGUCAGUGUCCGACAUAGAAGUCCUGUGAAACUUCAUAACUAGUGUAUGCACACGUAUAUAUGUUCUCUUGUAGACACACUUGCACCAGUAUACACGGAGGCCUCUCGACGCACACAUGAACACACACACACACACACACACAGACACACACACACACACAUGGACGGCUGUCUUUCUUACGCACACAAACAAGCCUACAGACGCGGCGUCUGAUCGGAAGAGAAGGCGCGACAAUGUGAGCUUAAACUGAGAACUGAGGUCUUUAAUUUUUUUUCCACCGUUGACAAAAAAAAAACGAGAAAAAAACCCCGCACGUUUUAGUCUCCGAACGCAACCAAAGAGCUCACGUGUUCGACCUUGAAAACAAAACCGCCGGACACGCAGAGCGACACAGCCUCCUGCAGAGGAGCCGGGAGGUGCGUUUGAUUUACGAUGAGGAAACUAGGGCAGGUGGGGAGGGGAGUCGGGGCUGGUGGGAUGUAAAAAUGAAACGUCGAAGCUACUGGAGGUCGAUAAACUGAGCUCUGCACGUGCUCUCACUACAUGGCUGGGAUGGGGGAAAGGGGGGGGGGUGACGUUGCCACAUGUGCAAGCUGGGGUUACCAUAUUUAUCCAGAUUUUAUUUUGUUCUCCUGCAAAGCUUGAAGUAAUGGACCUGCUAAAUCAAAAGAAAUGGUGGACAUCUAUAUCUUUUAGUUUUUAUCAAAAAAGUAACUUAGAAAGGCAUUGGCUGCUGAAGACAGGG